AUGAAUCGGACUCUGAUUCUCUUCGCUGUUGCGUUCUCCGUCGUUUUUUUCGUGGCGGCGGCCUCGUCGGACGGCGGAGAGGAAACUGUGAUCCGGCAGGUGGUGGACGGCGUGCGGCUUGGUGCAGAAGAGCACUUUUUGGAGUUCAAGCGCAGCUUCGGGAAGGCGUACGCUUCCCGGGAGGAGCACGAUUACAGGUUCAAGGUGUUCAAGGCUAACUUGCGCCGCGCUCGGCGCCACCAGAGCCUGGACCCUUCCGCGGUUCACGGUGUUACGCGGUUCUCUGAUCUUACGCCGUCGGAGUUCCGAAAUAAGGUUUUGGGUUUGAGAGGUGUGAGGUUGCCCUCCGAUGCGAACAAGGCUCCCAUUCUGCCCACUGAUAAUCUUCCGAGUGAUUUCGAUUGGAGAGAUUACGGUGCAGUUACCCCUGUCAAGAAUCAGGGUUCAUGCGGUUCAUGUUGGAGCUUCAGCGCUACGGGGGCUCUCGAAGGGGCUCACUUUCUGGCUACAGGGGAACUUGUGAGUCUUAGUGAGCAGCAGCUUGUUGAUUGUGAUCACGAGUGUGAUCCUGAUGAAGCAGGUUCUUGUGACUCUGGGUGCAAUGGUGGAUUGAUGAAUAGUGCUUUUGAGUACAUCCUUAAAUCUGGUGGGGUCAUGCGCGAGGAAGACUAUCCUUAUUCUGGUACUGAUCGCGGGAGCUGCAAAUUUGACAAAGCAAAGAUUGCAGCAUCAGUUGCAAACUUCAGUGUCGUCUCACUUGAUGAAGAACAGAUUGCUGCAAAUCUUGUGAAAAAUGGCCCUCUUGCAGUGGCCAUCAAUGCAGUAUUUAUGCAGACAUAUAUGCAUGGAGUGUCAUGCCCAUACAUAUGCUCAAAAAGGUUGGAUCAUGGAGUAUUACUGGUGGGAUAUGGUUCUGGCGCCUAUGCCCCCAUUCGGAUGAAGGAGAAGCCAUAUUGGAUCAUCAAAAACUCCUGGGGAGAGAAUUGGGGAGAAAAUGGAUACUACAAGAUUUGCCGGGGGCGAAAUAUUUGUGGGGUGGAUUCCAUGGUUUCAACUGUGGCCGCAGUUCAUACAACUACUCAAUAG